GAGAUGCAGGACAGCAAAGAACAAAAGAACAAAGUGAGGGUUGAAGAGUGAGAAAGCUCAACUUCUGAAGCAAUGCGAAGACCGGCGCUUUAUAAUCGGCAGCAUGGGAAGCAAGUCGCCGGAGGAGGAAGUGUCAAGGCCAAGAUUGGGAAGCUACUGCUCGUCGUUGUCGUCCUCUUGAUCUGCACCGUCUCCUUGCUCUUCACGUCCUCCGCCACCAAGGGCGGUGCUGCUGGAUCUGCCUAUCGCUCUGAGAUCAAUGUGGAAAAACUUUGGAGAAGUGCCGACUCUGGAGGAUGGAAACCAUCAUCGGCUCCGCGAUCAGAUUGGCCUCCUCCACCAAGCGAGACUAACGGCUACCUACGUGUGCGCUGUAAUGGUGGUCUCAAUCAACAACGUACUGCGAUCUGUAAUGCGGUUCUCGCAGCAAGAAUAAUGAAUGCUACCCUUGUGCUGCCCGAAUUGGACGCGAACUCAUUUUGGCAUGAUGACAGUGGUUUUCGGGGAAUCUAUGAUGUUGAUCAUUUUAUCAAGUCCUUAAGGUUUGAUGUUAAAAUUGUAGAAAAGAUACCUGAAAUUCGCAAAAAUGGGAAGACCAAGAAGAUAAAAGCUGUACAGCUUCGACCACCAAGAGAUGCUCCUAUCAGUUGGUAUACUACAGAAGCUCUUCAGCAAAUGAAGGAGCAUGGGGCUAUCUAUCUAACGCCCUUUUCACAUCGUUUGGCGGAAGAAAUUGAUAAUGCCGAGUACCAAAGACUGCGGUGCAGGGUUAACUAUCAUGCUCUGAUAUUUAAGCCAAAUAUUAUGAAGUUGAGUCAGUCAAUAGUUGAUAAGCUCCGCACACAAGGUCCCUUCAUGUCUAUACAUCUUCGUUUUGAGAUGGAUAUGCUGGCAUUUGCAGGGUGCUUUGAUAUCUUUAACCCAAAAGAGCAAGAGAUUUUGAAGAAGUAUCGGAAAGAAAAUUUUGCACCAAAGAAGCUUGUUUAUAAGGAAAGAAGAGCAAUUGGAAAAUGCCCAUUAACUCCAGAAGAGGUCGGUCUCAUUUUACGCGCAAUGGAAUUUAACAAUUCUACCAGGAUCUACCUAGCUGCUGGUGAACUAUUUGGUGGGGAGAGAUUUAUGAAACCAUUCCGUGCUUUGUUCCCUCACCUUGAGAACCACAGUUCUAUGGAGCACUCAGAUGAGAUACCAGAGAACACCCAGGGAUUAUUAGGGUCUGCAGUGGAUUACAUGGUUUGUCUCCUGUCUGAUAUUUUUAUGCCCACAUAUGAUGGACCUAGCAACUUUGCCAACAAUCUCCUCGGACACCGCCUCUAUUAUGGUUUCCGGACAACAAUUAGACCUGAUAGAAAAGCCCUCGCUCCUAUCUUCAUUGAUCGAGAGAAAGGACGAAAAGCAGGUUUUGAAGAAGCUGUUAGGCAGGUGAUGCUUCAAACAAACCUUGGCGGCCCUCACAAGCGGAUCCCACCAGAGUCUUUCUAUACAAAUUCUUGGCCAGAAUGCUUCUGCCAAACAUCUCCAAAGAAUCAGGCAGACAAAUGUCCACCAGAUAAUGUUUUGGAAAUUCUGAGCAGCCAGUUAAGUCAAGAGAACGGUGAUCCGGAAUCAAAUUCUACGUCUGUGACAGAUAGAUGAUACAACAGCCUCGGGGAUCGUAGUUGCUGAUAGCUCUAUCACCAUACUAUAGAUUAAUGAAACCCUGUGUGUCUGAACGAUACAUAAUGGGUUUCAGGUGAUCAUUAUACUCCUGCUUUAGACCAUACAGUUUGAUAUUCUUCUAGAUCAAGAAGUGAGGGUUUUUCAGUAUAUCCUGAUUUUCUGGUUUCAUCAUUUGGUGAUUUGAAACAGGCUCCCAUCUAGGGCAUUUGGAAGCAGGUUCAGUUUAUCUCGGUUUGGUAUUCACAGUAUUGAAUUGACAAAGAGAAGGUGAGUUGAAGAUGAUGGAUUGGACUAGAGUACAGACUAUAUUGUAUUGGCUUCUUUGUAUAAUGAUGAUCUUAUAGUAUUACUUCAUGUAACCAAAACCUUUGUUAGAUUAUCACUUGGUAUACACAUUCUAGAUUCGACACGCUUUGUAUUACUUGAUCAUAUUUUUUCAUAAAUCUAUCAAUUUAAUUGAUUUCU